ACAUGUUGUUGAGAUCAGAGCUCAGACUAGUUUCAGUUAUAAGGAAGAGAAACUCACACAGUCACUGACACUGAGAGGAGAAAUGGCACAGAAAGGAGUUCAGCUGGACCGAGAAACCUUCUCUUGUUCCAUCUGUUUGGAUCUACUGAAGGAUCCGGUGACUAUUCCCUGUGGACACAGCUACUGCAUGAACUGCAUUAAAGAGUUCUGGCAUGAAGGGGAAGAGAAAAAGAAAAUCCACAGCUGCCCCGAAUGCCGAAAGGGUUUCAUACCGAGGCCUGUCCUGGUGAAAAAUGUCAUGUUUUCAGCUUUAGUGGAGCAGCUGAAGAAGACUGGACUCCAAGCUGCUCCAGCUGAUCACUGCUGUGCUGGACCUGAAGAUGUGGCCUGUGAUGUCUGCACUGGGAGGAAGCUGAAAGCCAUCAAGUCCUGUUUAGUCUGUCCAGCCUCUUACUGUGAGAAACACCUCCAACCUCACUAUGAUGCAGCUCCAUUAAAGAAACACAAGCUGGUGGCCCCCUCCAAGAAGCUCCAGGAGAACAUCUGCUCUCGUCAUGAGGAGGUGAUGAAGAUUUUCUGUCGUACUGAUCAGCAGAGUAUCUGUUAUCUCUGCACAAUGGAUGAACAUAAAGGCCAUGAAACAGUCCCAGCUGCAGCAGAAAGGACUGAGAAGCAGAAGGAGCUUGAGGUGAGACGACUAAACAUCCAGCAGAGAAUCCAGGAGCGAGAGAAAGAUGUGAAGCUGCUUCAACAGGAGGUGGAGGCCAUCAAUGGCUCUGCUGAUAAAGCAGUGGAGGACAGUGAGAAGAUGUUCAGUGAGCUGAUUCGUCUCAUCCAGAAAAGAAGCUCUGAUGUGAAGCAGCAGGUCAGAUCCCAGCAGGAAACUGAAGUGAGUCGAGUCAAAGAGCUUCAGGAGAAGCUGGAGCAGGAGAUCGCUGAGCUGAAGAGGAAAGACGGCGAGCUGGAGCAGCUCUCACACACAGAGGAUCACAACCAGUUUCUACACAACUACCCCUCACUGUCAGCACUCAGUGAGUCUACACACUCAUCCAGCAUCAAUAUUCGUCCUCUGAGCUACUUUGAGGAUGUGACAGCAGCUGUGUCAGAGACCAGAGAUAAACUACAGGACAUUCUGAGAGAGGAAUGGACAAACAUCUCACUGACAGUCACUGAAGUGGAUGUUUUACUGUCACCACCAGAGCCAAAGACCAGAGCUGGAUUCUUAAAAUAUUCACAUGAAAUCACACUGGAUCCAAACACAGCAAACACACAUCUGUUAUUAUCUGAGGGGAACAGAAAAGUAACAUUUAUGGAACAACAACAGUCUUAUUCUGAUCAUCCAGACAGAUUCACUGUAUACUGUCAGAUCCUGAGUAGAGAGAGUCUGACUGGAUGUUGUUACUGGGAGGUGGAGUGGAGAGGGGAAGCAGCUGGUGUAGCAGUCGCAUACAAGAAUAUCAGCAGAACAGGGAGCUUCAAUGAAUCUGUAUUUGGAAACAAUGACAAAUCUUGGGCACUAUAUUGUGACACAAUCAGUUUUCAAUUUUGGCACAACAAUGUCCAAACUGUCCUCUCAGGUCCUCGGUCCUCCAGAGUAGGAGUGUACCUGGAUCACAGAGCAGGUAUUCUGUCUUUCUACAGCGUCUCUGAAACCAUGACUCUCCUCCACAGAGUCCAGACCACAUUCACUCAGCCGCUCUAUGCUGGACUUUGUCUUUCAUUUUCUGAUGGAGUUACUGCAGAGUUGAUUAACCCUCUGGGGUCCACCGAUUUAAGACGGCACAGCAACAAGAUGCAGCGGCCAGAGUCUCCGUUUCAACGUGUGUCGAAAGCCCAGACUUCAAAGUAUAUACCAGUUUUUAAAUCGUGUUGAUUGGCCAUGUAAAACCAGAGUUAAUUACGAUCAAAAAUAAAUGCAAUGUUUUUUCUGAAUAAAACAGUGGUGUUUACUGCGGGAAGAAACAGUAAAAACUGUGUUUUCUACGGACAUCGCUAGCAAACACUCUCCACUUGCGAGCAAAAAAGAAAUAACACCCCUUCUCUAUUGGUGUUGAAGUGUACCAUGUCAACCAAUCAAAAAAUUAUAUCGCAACAUGUGGCAUUUGGUUGUUUAGGUAGAGGGGGAAGAUUUAGGAGAGAGAGCAAGUUUUCGCAUGUGAGACUUUUAGCAUGUUUGGAGUCUAUAGUUAGUGUGUAGUGUAGACAUUGUUUUGUUUUGUUUUGUGUGUCAGUUAUACUGCUGAAUGUCACAGUUGGUGCAAAAAGGCAACCAAAGACAGACUGCAAUGUGAAUCCUGUCUCCAGCUAGAAAACGGGAGGAGUGAUACAUCUCUUGCUGUCAGACCUGCAGAGUUUAGGCCUGUGGUGUUCUCCUCUGUCUUAUAAUGGACAGUAACUUUUUUUUUGGAGUGGCACAAAAAAUGUCUGUGCCUUCUUAUUUGAUGUAGAACACCUAUUUGUCGUGUUAAUAGUUAUGGUUAUAUAAAAAACACCUGAGGCCUUGGCUGCAUUUUUAGCUAAAUAGUACCAUAUAACUUUGUUGUUUGCAAAACCUGUGCAUAAUUUUUCAAAAUGCACAAUUUCUAUUUGCAUUUCAGUGAAAUUGAU